UGCGUGGUAAUUAAUGUCACGACCACUGGGGAGGACGGUUGUUGUUCAGAAGUGCAGUUAGCCACCACCUUGGACAGCAGAUUGGUGCAGAAAACCUGAAAGGUGCAUCGACAAGCGGCAAGCCCGGUGGCAGACUCGCCGAACAUUCCGGGUCAGCCAGUAGAUGCGUUGCGGUGUUUUCCGAUCUCGAGGCCCGGGUUUUCGUCCAUGAACGUGGCCCCGAGCUGGCUAGAGCUGGCAGGUCACAAGCGGGCGAAGGAAACGGAAAUUUCCCAAGAACUGAACGGAGUCUCGGUGAAUUGGUCUGUGAGGACGGGGGACGGACCGCCGAUGUGCCCGAUCUGCGGCAUGGGGUCACCUACAAUAACCCAGCUGGACUGCCGAGGUUUUGUCGCCCGAGCACUCCGUUCAGGCCUGGAGCCCGAGCAACAAUCCGGUUGUUGCGUCUUCGGAAUACUCUGGAAGUCUGGAAGAGGUCAUUUGAGUCUUGAGUUACCACGGUUGCCAAGGCAUAUGACAGGCUUUGUGAGAGAAUGACGGGGACAAAGAUGUUUAGUGAAUGGAGACCUUGGAUAUGGGGGGAUAAUGGCAGUUCCCUU